CGUAAAACUUUUCCACCGUAAAAGACGUCAAUUAUUUUCAAUUUUUCCUUUUAAUUAUUAUUUUAAAUUUGAUAAAAUUUUGAAGUACAUUGCAAAAAUUUUUAUAAAACGCAUCACACGGUAUUAAACUAUUUCACUUGUAUUUGCCGGCUAUUCUGUGAAAGACAUCGAUAAGUUUUCAUUUUCUGCGGUUGGCUGCAGUGCUUGCAAAUAAAUAUUUUACGAUUUUGACGUUUUGUGCGCUUGAUAUACCUGAAACCGGUGUUUCUAUUUCUGUUUUUUACGCAAAAUUAAAACUUUAACUAAUUUCUAGACAGUGAAUGAGUGUUUUGUAAUGACCCGUAGCCGUAGCCGCAGUCGGUCGCAAGUACGAAAAGCGCCAAGAAAGAGGCGUUCUGUUAGCAGCAAUUCUUCUAGGUCUCGAAAGAAUGAAUAUCACAGUACCAGGGCUAGGUAUUCACGGUCACCAGUACGUGUUGCAAAUUCCCGGGAUAAAUAUGAUCGUGUGCCGAAACCUAACCCCUGCAUUGGUGUAUUUGGGCUUAGCACCUUUACCACUCAGUUCAAAAUUAGAGAAAUAUUUUCCAAAUUUGGAAAGAUAAAGCAAAUUCAAGUAGUCACAGAUCAAAUGAGUGGAAGAUCAAAAGGAUUUUGCUUUAUAUAUUACGGAAGUAUUGGUGAUGCUUGUGAGGCAAGAAAUACAUGUAAUGGUAUUGAAAUAGAUGGACGCAGAAUUCGAGUAGAUUACGCUUUUGAUCAACGUGAUGCAAACAAAUCUAAUUCAUCAACGUCAGAUCAACGAAAGAAAUGGCGAGAUAAUUCACCACCAGUGUAUGAAUCAAAUAAUUAUCGUGGGCGUGAUAGAGAUCGAGAACGUAAUCAUGAUCGUGAACGAGAACGUGAUCGUGAGGUGUUUGUAGAUAAUGGACGCGAUUCUGAACGGAAUAGACAUCGCGAAACUGAUCGCAAACGUAAUUACGAACAAAGUCGAAAACAUGAUUAUGAUUCGGGACGUUCUCAGCAGUAUAGAAGUACCUCACACUCAUCACGUGAUUACUAUCGGAAAUAAAAUUGAUCUAACUCAUUCAUAUUUUUAUAAAAUUUCUUGCAAUUCGCAAUUAUAAGUGACUAUCUU